AUGGCAUAUGUCAAAAUUCUAGACGGCGGCCUGGGGACGUCUUUGCAAGACAAAUAUGGAGUUGAAUUCAACAGUACCUCAACGCCAUUAUGGUCGUCUCAUAUGCUCAUCUCUGACCCUGCUACUCUUCUAGCAUGUCAGCGGGAUUUUACCGCUGCCGGCGCUGACGUGCUGCUAACUGCCACCUAUCAAGCAUCAAUUGAAGGUUUUGGACGCACAAAAACAGCUGAAUUCCCUAAUGGCAUCCCACGGAAUGCUAUUGGACCAUUUUUGGAGACUGCGGUACAAGUUGCCGAGGAAGCCAAAGGGAGUCGUGAGCAAGUGAAAAUUGCAUUGAGUCUAGGCCCGUAUGGUGCCUGUAUGAUCCCUGGACAGGAGUAUAGUGGAAAAUACGAUGAUCUUCAUAAUGAUGAAGAUGCUCUAUUCCAAUGGCAUCUGGAACGGUUGCGCCUCUUCAUGGAAGCCGAUGGCGAUCUGUUGAGUCGCGUGGAGUAUAUCGCUUUUGAGACGCUUCCCAGACUAGAUGAGAUCCGCGCUGUAAGGAGAGCUAUGCACACGGCAGGACUUACGGUCCCUUUCUGGGUAGCGUGUGUUUUCCCUGGUACGGAGCCUGAUUAUAUGCACACUCUGCCCGACGGAACUUCAAUCGAGGAAGUUGUCACAGCGGCUCUCGCACCCAUGAGUGAUGGAGUUGCCCCGUGGGGUGUUGGUAUAAACUGCACAAAGACACAUAAACUCCCGCAUCUUGUCGAGCUUUUCGGAAAUAGCAUCUCGAAAUUGCUUGCUAAAGACGAAAUACAAACUAUACCUACCCUUGUGCUGUAUCCAGAUGGCACCAAUGGCGAGGUCUAUAACACGACAACGCAGAAAUGGGAGAAACCAGAUGUUGAUACUGGAGACAGGCUUCCGUGGGAGACACAAUUGGCCGAUGUGGUGAAUAACGCCCAUCAAAAAGGCCCUUUCCAACAUUUUAUCGUCGGCGGCUGUUGCAAGACAACACAUGACGAUAUCCAAAGGCUUCGCGACAACAUUUAA